AUGGCGGAGAUUCCGCAAGAAGAGCGCACGGGAGUCGAUGGGGAAGCGGAGGCGGAGGGUACAGCUGUGGUGGUGCGCAUGCGUUCUUCUAAAGAGGGCCGCGAUAUAAGGCUGGACGGCACUGCGCAGACGGUGUUCGCCAUGCAGUGCCACAGGUGCUUAUGCCCUGUAACGGAGCCCAUCUAUAGCGAGUUCAGCCUGCUUCUCUCCGCGUCGCCCCUACACGAGCCCACCAAGCGCAGCCUGGGGGUCAUCCUCGACGCCCCCUCCUCCAGCUUCAACUCGCUCCCUGCAGACUAUGACGAUGGCGACGAGGGCGAUAUGCUCGAUCUAGAUCUAGACGAUAAGCUCUACUUCCCCCCGGACCAGCGGAUUAUAGACGUCUCUAAGUACGUGCGCGACACGGUGCAUCUGGAGAUCCCUCUCAAGGUUCGGUGCAGCCCCGGGUGCCGAGGCAUGUGCCUUGGGUGUGGGGCGAACCUCAACGUGAAGGCGUGUUCCUGCGGCGAGGACGAAUGGGGGAUUGGGGGCAGCAGCGGCAGGGGGCAAGCGACAGGGAGCGGGCAAGGGCAAGGGCUGGAUGGCAGCAGGGGAGAUGAUUUGGAGCAGGAGGCAUGGAGCAGGAGGCACGGUGUAGGAGGCACGGAGCAGGAGGCACGGAGCAGGAGGCACGGAGCAGGAGGCACGGAGCAGGAGGCAUGGAGCAGGAGGCACGGAGCAGGAGGCACGGAGCAGGAGGCAUGGAGCAGGAGGCACGGAGCAGGAGGCAUGGAGCAGGAGGCAUGGAGCAGGAGGCACGGAGCAGGAGAUGUGGGCACAGAAGUGGCAGCAGGGCAGCAUGAUCCAUUUUCUAGCGAUUUUAUGCUAGUACAGUAA